AUGGCUCUCGAUCUGUCGCCGCAGGAGAAGCUCGACCUCAUCAAGCUCAAUCUCCAGGAGGUCCUGAAGCCCGAGAUCCUAGAAGAUGUCAUCGUCCGCCAGAACAGGCCCUUGACCAUCUACUGGGGCACCGCAACCACCGGCCGGCCGCACUGCGGCUACUUCGUCCCCAUCGUCAAGCUCGCUCAUUUCCUCCGCGCCGGCUGCCACAUCAAGAUCCUCCUCGCCGACAUCCACGGCUUCCUCGACAACCUCAAAGCCCCCAUUGAGCUCGUCAACUUCCGCGCCGACUACUAUCGCUAUGUCAUCACCGCCCUCCUCGAAGCCGUUCACGUCCCCACCGACAAGCUGGAGUUUGUCCUCGGCAGCUCCUACCAGCUCUCCGCCAAAUACACCAUGGACCUCUUCCGCCUCAGCAGCGUCGUCACCGAGCACGACGCCAAAAAGGCCGGCGCCGAGGUCGUGAAGCAGGUCGAGAACGCCGUGCUGUCCGGCCUCAUCUACCCGCUCAUGCAGGCUCUCGACGAGGAGCACUUGGGCGUCGAUGCGCAGUUCGGUGGCGUGGAUCAGCGCAAGAUCUUCACCCUCGCCAUGGAGACCCUGCCACGCAUUGGCUACAAGGAACGCGCGCACCUGAUGAAUCCCAUGGUGCCGGGCCUGGCCGGUGGAAAGAUGUCUGCCUCGGACCCCGACUCGAAGAUUGACAUCCUAGACACCCCGGACGCCGUGAAGAAGAAGCUGAGGAAGGCUUAUGCCAUGCCCAAGGAAACAGAGGGGAACGGAAUCAUCAGCUUUGUCGAAUACGUCUUACUCCCCGUAAGCGCGCUGGAGAGCGCCGACGGAACGGCCAAGUUCGUCGUCGACAGGAGAGAAGAGGAGGGCGGGCCGUUGGUUUACAACAACAUCGACGCCCUGAAAGCUGACUAUAUUGCCGACACACUCACACCACAGCUCCUCAAAGCCGCCACAACCACCGCCCUGAACAAGAUCCUGGCCCCUGUCCAGGCCGCAUUCCAGGCAAACCCCGCCUGGCAGGAAAUCGAAAAGAAAGCCUACCCACCGCCAGAGCCAGAGAAGAAGAAGAAAAAGGUCCGGGACAAAGGAUCGCGGUACCCCGGUGGCGGUAAGGGGAUAGUAGCACAGCCUGAUGGGUCUGUGAAGGGGCCCGGGAGUAAGGAGGUGUCUGUUGGCACGGGGGUUGAGGAUGCCAUGGAAAAGCUGGAUGUGUGA